AUGGAGCAGCUGAGGUCCAAAAAUGACUGCUAUGAUAUCAUUGAAUUUUUAGGUAAAGGGACAUUUGGUGAAGUGGUUAAAACCAGGAAGAGAAGCAAUGGUGAACUUGUAGCCAUCAAAACCCUUAAGAAUAGCAUCUUCAGAAGCAAACUAAUUAACAAUGAGAUUAAGGUGCUCAAUGCCUUACGAGGAGUGGAUCCUGAGAGGUGGCACAUCAUCCACUUCUAUGAAUAUUUCAAUUAUGAUAGCAAAUUAUGCUUGGUGUUUGAACUCCUCCAUCACAGCCUAUAUGAUUACCAAAAACAGAGUAAGUUUUGCCCAAUGCCUGUCAGGCAUAUACGGACUAUUACCAGUCAAAUCCUAAAAGCACUUUCCAAGUUAAAAGAACUUUCUGUUAUCCAUGCAGACUUAAAACUGGAAAAUAUAAUGCUAGUUAACCAGACAAGGUACCCCUUCAGAAUCAAAGUCAUCGAUUUUGGAUCUGCAAAUAUAUUUAAAGAAGUUAGAUAUAUGAAACAACCCUACAUCCAAACUCGCUUCUACAGAGCCCCUGAGAUUAUAUUGGGUUUGCCCUUCAGUGAGAAAAUUGACAUUUGGUCUCUUGGGUGUGUUAUGGCAGAACUUCAUCUUGGAUGGCCGCUUUACCCGGGAGACAAUGAAUAUGAUCAGAUACGCUAUAUCUGUGAAGCACAAGGAAUACCCAAUGACCUCUUAUUAACCAAGGGCAGCAAAACGUUGACUUUCUUUAAAAGGAUAAAAAAUAAACAGUUAGGAAGCUGGUGGAAACUCAAAUCUGCACAAGAGUAUCAGCUUGAAACCAAUGUAAAAUCUGUAGAGCGCAGAAAAUACAUCCUGAAAUCUCUUGACCAAAUGGAAUUGCUUAAUGCCCCAAAGUCUCCUUACUCUGAUAUUGAAGCUUUGGCAGAAUAUGAAGACUUAAGGAACAUGGUUCAGCUGAUAAAGAAGAUGCUGUCCUGGGAAUCCCAUGAAAGGAUAAAUCCUAACUUAGCCAUGAAACAUCCAUACAUUUCACUGCAGGACAUAAUCAAAAGCUAUAAGAACACCAACUAUUUUCAGCUCUGUCUGCAGAGCCUUCAUAGUGCAAACACUAGUGACCAAAGCCCGGGCUACAGAAUACAAACUGUAAAUCACAAUGCACAAAACCAGUCCCUUUACUGUUGUGUCAAAAUGAUGCCAAGUAUUGCAGAUAAGACCUUGCAAAGAAUCACUGACCAAAACGACCAGCUGAGCACACAAGACUCCAGGGAAGUUGCCAAAGUCAACUUGUGGAACGACAGAUCAGACAUGAGCAAUACUCAAUUUGAAACAUCUUUUGAAAGUUCUGAUUCAUAUCAAGAUGCUAUUUACCAGAACAUGCCAACCUACACAUCAAGGCUGCCUCCCCCUGAACAAAGCAAAGAACCAGAAGUGGGUUAUUACUGGGACUUUAAGGUUCCAAAGCACUCAAAGGUCCUUAUCAAUUCUAAGCCAAAGAAUAAUUUUGCAGAUAUCAUUCUUUUGGAUAAUCAGAGCACAUCUAUUGAGGAAGAAAGUUGCAGAUUUAUACCUGCAUCUUUUUCUAUGAAUGAAUCUAGCAGUGAAUUUUCUUUCAAUGAGUCUAGUAUUGUAGAAGAUCAUAUUUGUCAUACCAGGAUUUGUUCAUCUCCAUCUGUAGAGGAAGAGGAACAUUAUUCUGGUAACGCAUCUUCUGCCUUGGAAUUUUCUGGAAAUGACAAAUGGAGAUUCUGUGAAAACCUUUGGGAAAAUCGUACCAGCCAAACAUGCAACUGCCAUACAUUCCUCAACCACCAGUCAUACAGGCAUGUCCUCAGCCACCAAUAA